GGUCGGUGCAUCAUGUCCAGAGUGCAGGUGUUGAGGGCGCUAGUCGCCGAGAGACUGAACUCCGCUGCGGAGGAGAUUUUGAAUGUUGUCGAGAGGAAGAUGCUGCACGCGGCAGAAAUGUCGCCUGAGCAGCAGAGGGCAAUCGUACAGAAGCAGCUGUCUGCUGUUGCUGAUGAGAUCUUUAGGAUCCUGGAGAUGAUGAUGAGUGAAUAUGAGGCAGAUGUCUCCCAUUCCCAUGAUGACAUCGGCCGACAACGACAGCUGCUGGACAUCACACUGAAAACUGAGACAAACUUACAUACAACAGACAGACUGGCACUCUCUGGGACAGACAUUUCCAGCCGAGUCAAGAAAACAUCAGGUCCUCCACAGUUUAAAGAUGCAGCUACGGAGACAGACUGUGAGUUUAUCCACGGUAAGGCCUCACAACAUAACCAAACACAAAGGGCAGAGAAGGGCACCGAAACUGUGAUGGGCGCAGAGACUCGAGGAGAGCUCUGUGUGCUGCCACCUGGUGACCAUGAGGUUCUGUCAUCUAAAGAUUCAGAGGUGGGGAGUGAAAAUAAUGACAGUGAUGAAGAGCUCAAUGAGAAACUUCUUAAAUCAAACAGAAGAAGCACAUUUCAGAGACAAAGUCAGGGCGCAGAUAGUUGCAAAAUGUGUGGGAGGUGUUUUCACGAAGGUGCUGCUGGGAAGAAAGAGAAAAAACAUACAGGGAAAGUCACUGCAACAGAGAAGAGCCAAACUACUAUUGGUCAGAGCUGCUGCAGAGUCUGCGGAAAGUUUUUCCGGUACAAACGCUCUUUUCUGAAACAUGUACUGAAGCAUGAGCAAAGCACAGAUCUGUGUGGAGUCUGUGGAAAACAUUUGGGCUCUGAUGAGAGUCUAAAGCUGCAUAUACAAACCCACAACGAGGAAAACAGCUGCAGGGAUGAAACGGAGGACAAAGAGUCAAAGGCAGAGUGCUCUGACGCUGAGAGUAAAGUGGGCGACAGUGACGAGGACUGGAAGGAGAGCGAAGGAAGUGACAGUGAUAACGGAGACAGCGAUAAAGAUGAGACCAGAGAAGGAAAAACAAAAAUUCACACAUCAAACAAACCUAAGGGACCUAAGAACAAGGACUGUAAGGAUUUAUCUCAUCUGAAAUACAGCUGUAAAGUCUGCGGCAGGUCUUUCUGCUACAGAGCCUCGUUUUUGAAGCAUGUGCAAGAAGACGAGAGGGACACGGAUCUUUGUGGUGUCUGUGGGAAACAUUUUGAGUCUGAGGAGAGCUUGAGGCUUCACUUGCAAACUUACAUCAGAACGAAUGACUGCGAAGUUUGUGGCAAACAUUUUGACGGCCAUAAACAACUGGAGAUGCACAUGAGAACCCACACUGGGGAGAAACCAUACAUCUGCAGCGUCUGUGGCAAGGCCUUCGCCCAAAACGGAAACCUGAUGGGACACAUGAGAGUUCACACAGGGGAGAGGCCCUAUGUUUGCAGCGUGUGCGGUCAGAGCUUCAGCUUCAAGGAGUACAUGAUGGCUCACAUGAGAAUCCACACCGGUGAGAAGCCGUUCCUGUGUAGCGUCUGCGGGAAAGGUUUCAGACAGAGGGGGACUCUGAAAACGCACAUGAUGAUCCACACGGGUGAGUCCACUCACCGGUGCAAUGUCUGUGACAAGAAGUUCUACAAGAGCGGUGCGCUGAAAAUCCACAUGAGGUCCCACACAGGAGAGAAGCCGUAUCUGUGCAACGUCUGCGGGAAAAGCUUCACAGCGAGCAGCUCGCUCACCAAACACAUGGGCGUCCAUGAAGGGGAGCAAACGCACCGCUGCAGAGUCUGCGGCAAAGGGUUCCUGAGGACAGAGGAUCUGAAAAAACACGUUCAGACUCACGGGGACGAGUCCACACAGCUGACAAGUCUUUAAUGCUCAGAUUGAUUAUGUCUGUUGAUAAAGGAACAGUUUCUAAAAUGUAUAAGAUGCACCUAUUUGCUCUCUUUCUGAGCUGAAACAAUGCAACAUUUUGAUGGUAGAUUAAUCAUUUGUGAGGAGUUAGUUUUUCUAGGAAAUUGAUAAUUUGGGGGUUUUGUGCUGUUGAUCUGACAAAACAAGACAUUUGAAGAUACCAAGUUACAGGGGAAAAAAUGCUUUUUUCAAAAUUUUCUGACACAGGUUAUGGUGUAUUUAUUGGUACAUUUACUGCUGUUAUUCUCUCAAUCUUGUUUUUUUGUGGUCCUUGAAAUUAGACUAGACUAGAUUCUAUUAGAAAAUGAAUCUGCCAACUUUUGAUAAUCAAAUUAUCCUUCAAGUCAUUUUUCAAGUAAAAAUAUUUGAGGAGAUUUGACUGUUUAAACCACUCAAAGUGCAGCAUUUGUUUCUCUUGUCUUGCAGUAUAGCAAACUGAGUAUCUUUGGGUUGUAGGGCUGUUGGUCAAACAAAACAAGACAUUUGAUAACGUCGCUUUCAUCGCCAAUAAAAUUUUCACUGGGAUUUACAUGUAUUUUUCACAAUUCUCUGAUGUUUUAGACAAACCAAUUAAUCAAGAAAACA